GACGACACUCAGAAGAUAAUUCCAUCAUUGGUUCUUUUUAUGAUUAUUCACUCACUCACUGUUUGAGAGACAUUGAGCAUCGAGCCAGUUAUUUGCGGAGUUUUUGAGCCACGCGGUGGGGGAAAGAUUUUUUAAGUGAACGAAAGCACUUGUGAUGCUCAGUCGUCACUGAUACGAGUCAGAUCUAUCGUCAAAUUGGAACUGUGUAUGAGUCUUCUUCGCCAUAUUCCCCAGUAACAAAAUCAUGCCAACUGAUACUAAAGAGGGAUUCGCCACUAAGGCCAUUCACGCCGGACAGGACCCAUUGCAAUGGAGCCAUUGUUCUGUCGUUCCGCCACUUGUCAUGUCGUCGACUUAUCGUCAAGAUGGACCUGCCCAGCACCGAGGCUACGAAUACGGAAGAAGUGGUAAUCCCACACGAAACGUUCUGGAGACCUGUCUAGCUGCUAUAGAAGGCGGAAAAUAUGGUUUCGCAUUUUCCUCGGGUCUUGGGGCUACUACGGCCUUGGCAGCACUCCUGGACGCAGGAGACCACAUUGUCUGCUGCGAUGACGUUUACGGCGGUACCAACCGAUACUUCAGAACCUGCUGCUCAAAAAAUAACAUCAAAAUUACGUUUACCGAUGCCACAAAUAUUAAAAAUGUUGUCAACAGCAUUCAACCCACCACUAAGAUGAUUUGGCUUGAAACACCGACGAAUCCUCUGCUGAAGAUAAUCGACAUCAGAGCUGUUAUCGAAGCCGUGAGAGCUAUUAGAUCUGACAUUAUUACGGUUGUUGAUAACAGUUUCGUCACGUGCUACUUCCAGAAACCAUUAGAAAUGGGGGCGGACUUCGUAAUUUACUCGCUGAGUAAAUUCAUGAAUGGACAUUCGGAUGUCAUCAUGGGCGCCGUGAUAACGCGGAGAGAUGAUCUCGAAAAACAACUUCGCUAUAUCCAAAAUGCUCUGGGAAUCGUUCCAUCGCCUUUCGACUGCCACCAAGUCAACAGGAGCCUGAAAACUUUGGAAGUUCGAAUGGAAAAGCACAUGGCCAAUGGUUUGGCUGUUGCCAAGUUCUUAGAGAGCCAUCCGCAUGUGGAACAAGUAUUUCAUCCCCUACUCCCGUCGCAUCCUCAAUACGAACUAGCAAAAAGACAACAAACUGGACACAGUGGAAUGGUAACUUUCUACAUAAACGGUGAUUCUCACAAAUUCCUCAAAGCCUUGAAGAUCUUCACUUUGGCGGAGUCCCUGGGUGGCUACGAGUCACUAGCUGAAUUGCCAUCUGUAAUGACACAUGCAUCGUUAACACCAGAGGCGCGUGAUAGUCUUGGAAUUAACGAUCAACUGAUUCGAUUGUCAGUAGGUCUCGAAACCGAAAGUGACUUAAUUGCAGAUUUAGAUCAAGCCCUAAAAGCCUCUCAAAUGUAGAAAAUUUUACCCUCAAUGACGUUUUCCGGUGAAAAAAUGUAUUUUAAAAAUAUAUAAUUUAGGCCAAUUCUACGUAAUUUGCAAAUAUGGAAAAAAUUCAUAGAAUAUAUAUGAGAAAUAUAUUUGAUGGAUAUAUUUUUCGCAUAAAUUUGGCCAAUUCGAGAUAUUUUCCAAUAUAUUUUUUAAAAUGUUAAUUUUUUCAUAUGGGUUGUCCUGCAUGAUAACUCAUGGAAGAAAGUGCUGAAGGACAAGUGGUCGAAGCGAGAUUGCAAUUUUUUAUUUAAAAUGAAUUGAUAAUACGUCGUUUAGGUUAUCCAAGUAUCUUUUAUUUUUGAAACUGUGACUUCAGAUACCGUAUCCUGUCUAAAGAAAAACUUCUGGAGCUUGAAAAUUAUGUGGAGUUUCCCUCAAGACAUUGUUUUCUGAGAACAAACGAUCCCGUCGAUUUUUCUAGGAUAAUUUUUUAGACUCAUAUAUUUACAGUAAUCCCAUUGAAAAAUAUCCACUAAUUUUGAAGCACUAGAGUUAUUGGUAAUAGAUAAAUAACUAAUCCAUGAUAUUAAAGUGAAAUUUUGCUAAA